UUGUAGACUUCUAACAACGUAUUUGUAAUUUUUUUAUUUGUAGUGAUGAGGAUGAUAUGGAUGGAUGAGUGAUGAAAAUUAGAGUAAAAAUAGAAGAUACUUUCAAGGUCAACCGUUAAAUCUCCAAUAACCAUAUAAUUAAGUCGCCACCAAGGUGCAACUUACAUCAUGAAUUGUUUGAAAUCCCAUGAAUUUAAAAAAAGAACUAGUCAUCAUGUGAACAAUGCUCUAGCUAGAUCCAGGAAUUAAGAGAUUGGAUGACAUGGCAACGAUGGAGGAUGAUUGUAGCCAAACAUUCUAAAACACAAUUUGGUACGUUUGAAAUUUGGAAGAGAUGUUGCAUCCUUCAGUUCAAGAGUGGUUUAUACGAGCAAUAACGCUACUUCAUUUUAUAAUGAUUUAGAAUGACAUAAGAGUUUGUUUGAGGUGGUUGAAGCUAUUUGUAAACAUACUUAAAUUUUGUGCAUGAACAAAUUGAAAAUUUAUGCUCCCAACACAAAUCAAAAUAAAAAAUAAACUUAUGGAGUAAAAGGUCAAGUACAUGAUCUCGUCCACUAUAAGUGGCAUGCACAUGAUCGCAUCCAUUAUUAAUGACAAUGCAAUAAUCAUUGCUUAAUUUAUUACCAAAUUUAUAAUUUAAUGAUAAAUUCCUUUCUAUGUUAAGGCGAGGAGAAUUUUCAUUUCAGUUUUUACCAGCUUAAUCUUUCUACAUAUAUAGCCAACUUUUAUUAUAUUUUAGUUCAAAACAUAAUAAACAACAAUAGUUAAGGAAGAGCUGAAGAUUAGGGACUUGAACAGGAUGGACAGUUUCUUCUCCCAUUUUUCGACAGUGCAAUCACACUCAUAGGUAACCCCACAACUAUAUUCAGUAACUAUUUUCUAUUUAUUGCUAAAUUUAUAAUUAGAUCAUCAACUAACAUCUAUAUUAAGGUGGAUAGAUUUUUUUUUUUUUCUUGCCAAAAUUCUCUAUAAAUAUUGCAAAGUUUUCCUUACGCCAGUAAGAACAGUAAAAGAAAAGCUAGUAGCGAUUUGGAAUCAAUGGCAACAAAUUGCUUCUCCCGUUUCUGUAUUGCAAUCACAUUAUUUGCAUGCAUCUUAUCACUCACACCGUUCAUAGAGUCAAGUGCAACAAUUAGCAAAGAUCCGGUCGGGGGUAAUUUAUGGUGCAUCGCAAAUCCUCAUGCUAAUCCUCAGUAUCUGCUUGAUACGAUGAAUGUCCUAUGCAAUGUUGUUGAUUGUAGGUCCAUAAGACUUGGCGGGGCCUGUUAUGAUCCUAAUACUAUUGUUAAUCAUGCUUCUGUGGUAUUUAAUUUGUAUUUUCAACCUCGCUCUAGCAAUCCACACACAUGCAAUUUUGGUGGUGAUGCCAUGCUUACUACAAUUGACCCUUCUUAUGGCUCCUGCAUCUUCCCAUCGUCUUAAUUAAGAAGCAGAAGAAGACUGGAUGGAAGAAUGAAACCCUUUGAUGCCUCUUACAGUUUUCCUUAUAACUACUUUUGAGUGUACUGCUGCAAUAUAUAUGUAAUAAAUCGAGGGGACCUUUCGAAAAAGUAAUAAAUAUUUAUCUUUUUCUA